AUGGCUGCCAUCCUUGCUUUCCCUUAUUCAUCUUACCUUCUUCUCUCCCAACUCUUUAUCCCAUCUUCCCAUGUUUUACCAUCAAUUCACAGUCAGUUGAAAGCUAUUUCUCAAGCUAUGGGGUUCCCACUUUCAUCACAAUAUCUCUUCACACUUCUCAUUUCCAAGCUUUCCCAAACCAUUUCGUCAUCAAUCUUUGUUCUUCCUUUCACUUUUUCUUUCUUCCUCAUCACUAAAUCUUAUGUUUUUCAUCUUUUAAACCAACAAAAACCAGAUUUGGUUUCAGUUUUAUCUCUUUAUUACAAGCCUCUUCUUAUCACCCAUGUCUGUAAUUUCAUUUUCCUUAUCUCAGCAAAUUCAACAGCUUUUUCGUUGCUGUUCUUUGCUUUUAAUCUCUUUGAAGGGUUUGGGUUCUCAUCAUCUUCACAAUGGAUCCUUUUCGUGUUAGUUUCAGGGUUUCUUCUUUAUUCAUUCAUCGUUGCUAAUGCCUUUAUAAUCUGCAACUUAGCUUUGGUUUCAUCUGCAAUGGAAGAACACAGUGGUUUUUUAGCGAUUCUAAAAGCUUGUGUUUUGUUGAGAGGGAGGACUUUGACUGGUUUAACGUUGGCGGUGGUUGUAAACUUGGCCCUGGCAGCCAUUGAAGCAUUGUUCCAUUGUCGUGUUGUGAGAGCUUAUGAUGGUGCUGGUGGUUUAACUGGUUUUCCAAUGGCUUUAGAAGGGAUUUUAAUUGCUUAUUUGUACUCCGUUUUUGUUGUUGUUGAUACUAUUGUGAGUUUUAUGUUCUUCAAAAGCUGCAAAACUGGUUGGUUGAUAGAUCAACAAGGUACAUGUUCUUACAGGAUUGAAAUCAUGGAAGAAUGA